CGAUGAGCCAAUCAGAUGUACGGGGCCCAGGCUCUCACCAAUCCACCGGUACAGUGAUACAAAUACUUCCGGGUAUGUAACGGAAAGGGCGAGCCAGGAGAGCCACACAGACAGGGAGCCGUCCCGGACCCCCGGAGGGUAAGAGUGGGCAUUGGUCCUUAUCAUUCUCCAUGGCCAGCCCUGGAUCUGUACUGAGCCUGUAUUUAUCCUGGUAACCAUAGCAACCAUCUACUGCAUGAUUCCUUCAAAUGAAGAUUCCAGAGUUAGAGUUCCAUCACUACAUUCUACUCUCACUGUUUUGUUUUUGUGUCCCCACCCCCCCCUUUUGAGAUUAAAAAGACACUGAAAACUGGAAGUGAUUCCCAUUAAAAAUAAUGAUGAUAAUAAUACAAAUUUAUUAAAGUACCUGUGUUUUCUGCAAAUCCAAAGGAUUUACAGCAUCCGCAGUGCACUCUCACGCAUCCACGAAGUGGCUCAGCCAAUCAGGCCGUUUAUGUUAUGUUCAAGGAUGUUUUAGCAUAUUUUAGAAACCGUCGCCUGUAAGGAGAGAAGUAUUUUAGAACUUUGCAGCAAUUCCAUUUACCAGCCUGUCGUUCACAGGUUUGUUUGUUUUUGUUUUGUUUUGUUUUUUAAGGGAACUGUACACGGUUAUUGUUCUCCAGACAUUUGACCACACAUCAUAUAGCUCAGGAUCAUUCCUAGAACCAGGGAAGGUUUGGAGUCGGGUGGCAUGUAUAGCUCAUAAAUAUUCCCCUGACGCACGUUUCGCCAAUCUGAUGGUUCCCCUCUGAUGAUCCUGAUUGGCGAACCGUGCGUCAGUGGUGCUGACAAGCACACUUCAUAGCCACUGUAUCGCGAGUGAGCUCACGUUCGGUUUAUAAUGGCGUUAACAGAAAUUGAAUAAUACCUCUCCCCCACAUAUUGGAGGAAAAAAUGUCUAUCAUUACAAUCUCCAGCUUUCUUUCAUUAAAUCUAUUCUAGGGAUGGGAGGCAUUUCUUAUACAUCCAUUUGGGAGUAACAGGCUGGAUAAAGGGGUGCCCUCAAAGGCACAGAAUUAGUAUUUAUUUUUCCUCUCCUUGCCAUCACUCCUAUUGACACAGACAUGUAUUGGCAGAGACUAUUAGCUAAUACAUGUUGAUUUUUUUUUUUUUUUUUUUGUUCCCACUACAUUGCUGGACUUUUUUAGUUACACUAUCGCUAGCAAGACCAUUUAGCCUGUACAAGCAUUUUCUGAUAUCUUAGUAUUCCUAUUGCAGCACAGCACAUUGUUAUAUACUACCUUUUUUUAUUAAAAGGGAGUGAGCCGUCCCUUUAUCCCUUUGUCUGGUGUUUAUAUUUAGAUUUUUUUUCUCUUCUCCUUAUACCGCUGGUCUGCUACAGAUGGUCUUUUUAUUUUUUUUAUUAUCCUGAACUCCCAAAGCUCCAGCCUGUACUACCUUACUCUGUAUUCAUUAUCCUUAUAUUUGGGUAGAAAUACCAGAUUUUCAUAAACAGGCAUUAUGGCUACACUCAGGAUUAUUGUUUAGCAAAUAUGUCAAUUUUAUUUCUGUUUGAAUUUUCUUUUCCUUUUCUGUUUGUCGUGGUGACUUAUUUCACAUCUUAAUCACUAUAAAUUAAAAGUGAAGUUUUAUUUUUAGAAAUACCUAGCCUAAUUGGUUGAUAUUUGCCACUCCACCGGCGAUGGCGUUAAUAUUUCUUACUCUCUCCUGGCAGUUCUCUUUUUUUUUUUCUCAUUUAAAUUUUUUUUUACAAAAAUGGUUUAAUAGAUAUAACCCAAUGAAAACGUGCAUGCGUUCGUUAUGCGUCUUGUCAUAGGGAUUAUAACUAAAAACAGCUUGCAAAAUCUCUUGUUUGCAGCCUUUGCACGUCCUCCCUUUUAAACCCGCCCAGACUAUCUAUCUAUGGCUGUCCAAUCACAGACUUCCCAAUGCAGCUCAAUGAGAAGUCUUUGCAAGGCAGGUGCUCUGAGCAUUUGCCUUGCUCCACUGAACUAACCAAACCAGGAAGUAACCGGAACCGGUUGUCAGAUUGACAGGUGGGCUUGGGGGGACAUUAGAGUGCCAUUUUUAUAUUGAUACCUGCACUUUUUGUAAAAUUGAGGAGGGGGAGGAUGCACUUUUCACACAUAAAGCACUUCAUCAAGCUGAAGUGCUUUAGGGGACUGCAGUGUCCCUUUAAGAGGGAAAGGCGUUAUAGGUAAAAACUGAACUCAAGCGACAUAUACCAUGUGUUUUACAGGUUGCAAUCCAGUAUCCUGGACCAGUGUGAGGCCAUGUAAUAAGUUGUGGAGCAAGGGAUGUAAUGUACCACUAUAUAAUGGCAUACUGUGCUGCUUGAUUGACAGUCUUGGUGGGUUGUCUUUAGCGGCAGCAAUAAAACAAAUAAAAAAAAUAAUAGGCUGAGGAUACUCCAAGCACUUUGCAAUAAUGCAAAGUGCAUGGGGUUCUUAGAAUGACCCUUUAAACUUCAAUAAAUGUGUUUGAAAAUUAGUCUGUGUGUAAGUAAGAUACUUGGAUCUUGUUCUCAAUUGCAUGUUCCGUUAAGUUAAUGGCUAUCAGUAGGUUGUGAAAUCACCUGUGCCCUGUAAAUGCCGUGCCCUGGAUGCGUUUCCAGCUGCACCACCCUUUUGCUAACCUUUGCUAAAUCAAAUAGGGUUUAUUAUUGAUUAUCAUAAAAGCCUAAAUUGUGAAUCUAUAUAUAAAUGAAAAUUAAAAAUUGAGCUGAAACUUUUCCGAUAUUUUAAUAUUCAUUUGUUCUGAUUAUUAUUCCAUUAAUUUAUUUAUCAAUAUAGUUUUAGUAUUUUCCCAGCGCUGUAUUUAGUGCAAGGCAACUUGACUUACACGGGGCCCAAGAGUUGGCCGGCUGGCCAACCUUGAACCCCCCCAGGGCACCUAGACAGUUUAUUUUACAGACUGGAGGAAGCGUAACCCGCAGUGAUGUCGGGAGGUGGAAUGUAACGUCACUCGGGCGCUCGGCAUCACUAAGCGACGUGCAAGGGAGCUGAGCAGGAAGAUCACGGCUCCCUCGCCACCUAUUUUGCUCACCCACUCCCCCCCCUUGCCUGCCCGCCGUCCAUCCUGCACACCUACCUGAUCUCCAUCCUGCAUGCCUCUCUGUCGGUGAAUGUGUAUGUAUGUCUAUCAAUGUGUGUCUGUCAGUGAGCGUGUGCGUGUCUUUCAGUGUGUGUCUGAGUGAUUGUGUGUGUCUGUCAGAUUGUGUCAAAACAGUGAGUGUGUGAGUAUGUGUGUCUGGGGCAAAUUUAAAUUAGGGGGUGCCCGAGUUCUGUCAUGCCUAGAGCAGCAUAAAUUCAAAAUACACCACUGCAUUUCCCUGUCUCUAGCUUAUGCUAUGAGCCAAAAAAGUGCUUUAGCAGUGGUGCAUUCUUGGUGAUUUCCUGAAUGCAGGACAUCUCAGUUGACUCUUUGUUAAAACAACUUGGCAUGAGGGGAAACUGUACACAAAAUAUAACGUUUGCCCGUAUACAUCUUAACAUAAAGGGGAUUAAAAGUGUGCGUCUUAAAGGACCACUCUAGGCACCCAGACCACUUCAGCUUAAUGAAAUGGUCUGGGUGCCAGGUCCAGCUAGGUUUAACCCAUUUUUUCAUAAACCUAGCAGUUUCAGAGAAACUGCUAUGUUUAUGAAUGGGUUAAGCCUUCCCCUAUUUCCUCUAGUGGCUGUCUCAUUGACAGCCACUAGAGGCGCUUGCGUGCUUCUCACUGUGAUUUUCACAGUGAGAGCACGCCAGCGUCCAUAGGAAAGCAUUGAUAAUGCUUUCCUAUGAUCCGGCUGAAUGCGCGCGCAGCUUUGCCGCGCGUGCGCAUUCAGCCCAGGAGGAGGAUCGGAGGAGGAGAGCUCUCCGCCCAGCGCUGGAAAAAGGUAAGUUUUACCCCCUUUCCCCCUUCCAGAGCCGGGCGGGAGGGGGACCCUGAGGGUGGGGGCACCCUCAGGGCACUAUAGUGCCAGGAAAACAAGUAUGUUUUCCUGGCACUAUAGUGGUCCUUUAAAUUCCAUCUGUUAGAUUUCUUAUGGAAUAUGCCAUUAUUUACAAAUCGUUUAUUAUUGUUUAUUUUGUUUUGAUAUUUUUAUUUACUUUAAUUAAAACAUAUUAUGUAAUUUAUUACUUUUUAGAAUUAACAUAUGGUACCUUUUUUUUUUUUUAUAUAUAUAUAUAUAUAUAUAUAUAUUUUUUUUUUUUUAAUUAUUUUUUUAGCACUUGUCACAUGUCUGAUGCCAAAAAACUAUCGCAUUAAGGUUCCUUGGAAGGUACUCUUGUCUAGUCCUUUGUCAUGAGGAUAUUGAAAGAGAUUUGGUAUGCAUCAGUCUUUGCAAGUAAAAACUUGUUGUUGUAACUCAGAAGUUUCAUUUUGAACUUCACUACCUACCCACAGAUCACGCGAGAGCAAAUAUAAUCCAGAUAAAGGAAAACCAGUUUGUCCUGCUGCAUAUCGAUCAUGUCAAUCCCCUGUAAAGACGUAGGCAUUUACCUUUUUACAAAGCUGUUUCAAAUAGAACUGAACAAUUUUUUCCGUCACAUUUGUUGUAGGAUACGAUCUAGAAUAGAAAGCCUUGUGAAGGAUUUGUGAUGGAAAAGUGAGCUGCUCUCACAUUUAUUGUACCUCGUCUUUCUGUGUUUUAUUGACGACCAGGGAACCCAACCACAGGGCACGACGAACAUCAUCAUCAUCUCACAAUUAUGCGUUUAGCAGGUAUCUCUGUGUACUUGACCUCUAUUACAGUGUAUGCACUCUUUUGGUCACAGCUUGGUUAAACCCUGUACCAUUCUCAUAGGUCCUAUACGUAUUAUUGUGGUCCUUCUCACGGUGGGUCUGACAUGGAUACUGGCUGGAGUUAUGUUGGGGACACAAACCGGCUUCCCGCGGAUUCAGCAGCUUCUUGGUGGUGAGUUUCAAUAGCUUUGACCCUUUUCGCACAUAAUGAACAAUGUAGAUGUUUGAUAGUAAAGGUGUUAGCUAUUAGUACUCAAAGUGUAGCGAAAGCAUUAUAUUCUAUAAUAAUUAAAGUGGUAUAUAUAGUUUGAAACUAUAAAGUGGAUUGUAUAGUUUGGUUUUAUAUUGCUAUAUUUUCUGACUUUUGGCUCAUUGUGCACAGGUCCUGACAUGAGUACAACAGUAGGUGAGUAUUUGCCUUUUUUGAGGUUCUCAAUCCAUAACGUUGUAAAUGUCUUUGUUUCUCACUAACACGCAUGUCUCGUCACCAUGUAUGCUAUUCUUUGCACUCUCCUCAUCCAAAUGUUAUCCAUGACCACGACCUACAGGAUCAUGGGGCUGUGGUUGACACCUGCCAAAUAGCCUAAACAUCCUCUGUUCACAGUUACUACAUACUCUUUUAAAAAGGUUAGAUGAUCUACAGCCAUUUCUGCCUUCAAAAUAAGAUCCCUAACGUGCCCAGUUAAUGUGUUCAUAGGUGGAAAUGGAAUCCUAACUUAGAAUUUUGAAUCAGUGCCCAUCAAUUUUAAUUUCCUCUGCUUUCUGAUUUUCUGCUUGACCUUUUCCCUUCCACCUACAAUCCUGCUUCAUGUUACUAUUUUGGUUUGCAUGUCCACCUUCUUCCUUUCUAUGAUCACCUUUCUUUUUAUCUUCUCAGACCCCCGUCCAAGAAGGUAUAAGUGUGGACUUCACCAGCCCUGCCCCGAAAAGCACUUCGCAUUUCGAAUUACUAGUGGAGCUGCAAAUGUCAUCGGACCCAAGAUUUGCCUGGAAGAUCAAAUGUGAGUCUUGGGUUUUGUUGGACUGGAUGUGUUUGUUCUUAGUGGGCCUGUGGAGUAUCUGCUCGACUAGUCUAAAGAUUUGGACUAGGGGUUGGAUUAGUGUAAUAUGAGGAUGAUUGUUUGCAUUGAGUUGUCUCUCAUUUUGUUUUUUGUAUCGGUUGAAUAUUCUCGGACAUCGAAUUGAUUGGCAAUGGCUGCGCAAGCGCUUUCCUGUAGGGAUUUCGGCAACGCUGCGUGAGGACGUCCAGGGUCGUUUAAAACACUUUUUGUGUUCUAAGAACACGGAAGUCCCUCUAGUGGCCGUCUGAUAGACCGCCACUAGAGGAGGGUUUAGCCCUGCAAGGUAAUUAUUGCAGUUUAUAAAAACUGCAAUAAUUACACUUGCAGGGUUAAGGGUGGUGGGAGUUGGCACCCAGACCACUUCAAUGGGCAGAAGUGGUCUGGGUGCCUGAAGUGUCCCUUUUAAUGGCUGUCAGCACCAUCCAAUAAAAAUUUUUUAAAGGGUAAGUCUGAAUUGGAAAUGAAUGUUGUGCCAAAUCCUCUUUUAUUCCGAAUUUUUAAAUCUAGGAUCCAACCACAAAAACUAUGACGAUUUAAUUUAAUCCUAGAUAAUGGACUUGAUGAAAUAUUUUUAUAGAUUGAAAGGGGAAAAAGAAACUGUUUGACAUAAUGUUGACGAGGCUACAGGUGCAUGUUGGUUCUCAUGCAUAAGCUGUCAGCAGGGUACCGAAAUGCAAUUAUUUGAGCCUUUUGAAUUUUGAUGAUUUAGGAUAAUUUUAUCCAUUUCAAACGGAAUCCAUCAUCAACAUGUUAUAUAAACCAAACUGGCGUUCCAAAAAAGCAGCAUGGAAAAGCUAUGUUCAAAAUGAGUUUAUUUAGUUUAUUUUAGGGUUUAAGUCCCUAAAUAUCACAUUGUAGUGCAUUGAAAACUGAGAUGUAAAAAUUGGCUGAGAUGAAAUAAUUCUCCAAGUCAUCUACAUCACAGCUUGUGUAUAUAUCCCCUUGUUUUUUUUUUUUGUUUUUUUUUUAACAAAUCUAAAAUCAAUAUAAGUUUAUUAAUUAAGAUUAGAUUAUGUAAUUGCUUUUACAGCCAAAUCUGCAUUUUUUUUACAUGGCUAUAUGUGUGUUAGAACACAGUCGAUGCAUUGCUCUUGCAGACUUGCUGGUAAAUGUGUGUAUACAUAAGAGAAACAGCUUGAUGCCUUGAACCUAUGCAAAUGAUUUCUAUUUCAUAGUUUGCAUAUACAUUUUCAAGGUGCUGGUCAUGCGCUGUAUUUAAUAAACCACAAACCAUCUACACAGGAAAUUCUGUUUGCAAACGUUUUUGUGUGUGUAUGUAUGUAUGUGUGUGUGUGUGUGUGUAUAUAUGUAUAUAUCUAUUUAUACACAACUUGUUUGUUUUUUUUUUCACCUUUUUCUGCAAAAAAUCUUUCUUUUAAUCUUUUUUUUUUUUUUUUGAUAAUUUUUGCUCAUAAUUGCCUCCUGCUAAUAGUUUUAAAUGUAUUUUUUUAUUAAUUUAACAGGUUGAUGAGCAGCAUCCGUAAUAACGUGGGUCGUGGUCUAAACGUGGCUCUUGUAAAUGGUUUGUUACAAAAAAACAUUGUACACCUUGCUGAUUAUGGUCAAGCAAAGCAUAGUUGAAAUAAACAGAAUAUUUGUUUUAUAAAACAGUGGCAGGCCAGCCAAUGGCCUUUGAGGACUGAGUGGUAUUGAUACUAGACAUUGAUAUGUGUCCGCAUUUGAACAUGGUUUCUUAACCCCUUGAACGUGUAAUGUUGCAUUCCCCUGUCACAGCCUGGGUCUCAAACACUCUUUUUGUUUUGUUUUUUUUAUUUAAUUUUACAGUAUAGUCACCAAUCAUCCCUGUUGGCUUUGAAAAGUAGGAUGUUGCAUACUGGCAGCAUUUAAUAUAAUUUUUAAUAUAAAAAAAUCAGAAUUAUAGAAUUUUUUUUUUGAGCUGUAUUCAAUAAAGUUUUCUCACUGCUUAGAGAUGUAGAAUUAGGAGUAUGGGUUCUCAAAUAGAGGGUUUGGUAGUGUUGUGUUGUGUGUGUGUGUUUUUUUUGUUUUUGUUUUUUGUGUGCAUUGUUUAUUUCCCUCUGGCCUCCUUGGUUUGCUGAACUGAAAAUUUGUGUGUAUACAAGCAUGCAUGUAGACACUUUCUAUGCAGUCGGACUUGAUUAUUGACUUCAUAUGGGUCAUCUUCUGUUAGGCAGACUAGAAUGCUGUGCUAUAGAAAGAGGGCUUAGACCGAUAAUACGUGAGGUUAAGGGAACUAUAGUACCCGAAAUUUAUGCAGCCAUAGUAAUAAUAAUAGACAUGACUCUCCAAAUUCAUAUUGAUAUUGACCACUAAAAAUGACUAUUUGACAUUAAUGUGACUUGCUGCUGAUAUAUGCCAAUACUAAGUGUUGGUAUUCGUAAACGCACCUGACAAAAGAGAUGUAUUUAUUUUGUUUUGGUUUUGUUUUUUUAAGGAGUAAAUGGAGAACUUAUAGAGGCCAAAUCCUUUGACAUGUGGGAUGGAGGUGAGUUACAGAAACCAUAGAAGGAGCACUGCAAGGUUCAUUUGACCCUAUCCCCAUUUUUCUGAAUUUUUACUUUUGCAGUGUAUGGUUAUAACAGACAAGCUUGAGGUACCCCAACGGCAAUUCUCAGGCAUAGUAUCAUGUGUUACAUUUGGGGUAUUAGAGAGGCGUGCACAAUUUUAUAGUAGAAACAAGAUUAUAAGAACAUGCCAUGUACAUAUAUCUAAACUCGAUUUGCAUAGAGUAAGCGUGCUAGACAUAGAAAUAUAGUAAACAAGAGUGAUGACAUUUAAAUAAUCACUAUGGGUUAAGAUGAUAUGGUAGUUGUAUGCGACAUGCUAAGUAACGUAGACACCUAAGGUUGACCUUUCGGUCAUGUGGAAAGUUACUGGACUGUGCAUCAAUAUAAGGUGACCGCACCUGGCUAUGCUUGGUAGCUAACUAUUAGAUAGCAAACCUAUGAUAAUGUAUAGCCACAGCAAACAUAGAGAGCGGUUAUAGUAGCCGCAAGGGCUAUAUGGAAUCAUUUGGCCUCAACGUCAUGCAGGUAAGUCCCAGGGUGAGUGUGGCGGAACAGCUCUUUUAGACAAGCAGACAGUCAGCCUAUGCCCAAGGGAAGCAUCGGGCUGGCAAGAGCAGUGUCUGGGGGAUUACAGUUGCCAACGGAAAGUCCUGUAGGAAGUCCAUGCAGCCUGGUAGGUUCAAGUGAAGGUCGGCGUAUUCACGCCAUGACACUGCGCUCUUCCAGCCCCAGGCCCGCAUCUGGUUUCCACGAGGGCUGGUCUUCUCGGCGACCAUUUCCUUCCUCCGUACAGGGCAUGCGGAUGGUCUGUGGGUGGCUGCCGCCGGCGGCGUGUAAUCCUCCACUCAUGUGGGUGAUGCUGCGCCUCGCGUGACUCUCGGCCUAGGAAGGCGAGCGGCAGUGUUGGGAGGCGUGUGAGUGGUGGCGACCUCUUGUGAGAGCGUGGUAGUCCCUCUCAGCUCACCCUCCUUGUCUACCUCCCAAUGUCGUGGUCUGCCAGCUCGGUGACGCGCCUGAAUCUUCGCCCAGAAGCACUGGAAGAUGACAUCGAGUUGCAGCAGGAUACUUGCUGUGGGACCAGGGAGAGGCCCUUGAGGUGAGUUUAGGUCUUGGCCGGCCGGUAAGAAGGGAGUGCAGGUUGAUGAGUGUCCACACAGCCCAGUGAAGACCGGGAUGGCGGAGGGGAGGGGGUAGGAGAGCAGCCCCAACAGCUUGCCGGGUGGGAGUCCAGGAUGAUUGUCCGCAUCUCCCCUGUUCCCUCCAGUGCAGGCCGCAGCAGGGUAGCUCGGGUCUCCGACAUCAUGCCGCCUUGAGUAAGGUGUCGAUGCAUACAGGAGUGUACCCCCGACUAGUGAGGCCACUAAUGUGGGGUAUUGCUGCUCAACAGUUGGGGUAAAUGGCCCAAAUUUAGCCAAGGAUUCUCGAGCCCAGGCACCACUCGUCUGCUUUGCUCCAUGGCUAGGGUCCGCCCAUGACACAUCCCCAUUUUAUUCUAUUUUGGAGAUCUUCUAUGGACAAAAUAUGUGCAAUCUUGACUACCAUGUGAAAGGGCAUGCCACUGUCAAAUUACACAAAAAUUUAUUGGUUAGUAGAUACGCCCCCAAUGAAAACAUGUAUGCAUUUAACUAUGCAUUUUCUUCCUCCCUCCAGAUUAGAGGCAGCGCACAACAACUGGGAUCUCCUCUAAUCUGGAUCAGAAAGGCAGGCAAGUGACCUAAAAAAAAUUAAUCCAAACAGUCCUAGAACUCCUCCCCGACUCCUCCUCCCAUAGGUACAGGAACCCCGUCAAGCAGUGCAACCCCAGUUCUCUGCCUGCCUUCGGUGAGUCGGUACAUCUGAGGAGGGCUCUGUCUAUUUUUCAGGGAAGAAGCGGGACUUCUUCCUUAGAGGUGAAAAGCAAGUCGGCGCCUGCAUUUCACCACUUUUUAUGUCGCCAACUUCCAGUGCCGGAAAUGGCGAGGGUGUGCGUCGCACACAUGCUGGGAGGUCCUAGGAUGGAACGCAUCGCACAGGUUGUGUUGCGUUCCAUCAGGUUAUCAUGGAGCGCUCUGCAAGUACGCGAAACGAUCACCUAGAAUCAGGCGCAAAAUUUAAAGUGAAGAUUUUUUUUUCCUCUCUCUUUUUCCUAUUCGCGAACUAGGACCUGGGAUGGGAACACUAUAAAUCCCAGCAGCAACUUCCUGCUUGCCAGGUACCUGCAGUAUCUGUGGCAGUGUGCUCUCACCUGCCCUCCGGCACACACAGAGGCCAUUAAGGUAAGACUUUUUAGUUGAUCCCUUAAUGUUCUCUUCCUUGAUUCAUACAUUUUUAUUUAAAAAAAAAAAAUUCUCUCUCUUCCUCUAGUAUGUCUAACCUUGAGCAGAUGGAUAAGCAUGGAGAAAAAGGAAAAUGCAUUACUAAGACAAAGUAUUUGAUGUGUUCCUCCAGUUCACAACCUUUACCAGACAUGUAUAAAAAGAAAAUCUGUGGUAUUUGUACUAAAGAAGUUUCGGACAAAGACAAAAAGUGGAAGUCUCUUCAUUUAUGACUUGGUUUCAGAGCAGCUUACAACAGACCUUUUGUGGACUGCCAUUCUGCUAUCCGCUCAGUCUUCAGUUCAACCAAGUUCCUCUCCCUCUAAAAGGAAGAGGGCACGUUUGGAGAUUUCAGAUAUGAGCUCUGAAUUCUCUUCUAAUACCUGUUCUUCUGAAGAAUCUAGUGAUUCCUCUGACGAGGAUAGAUGCUUUUAGGAGCAGCAUCUGCCUAAACUCAUUAAAGAAGAUUACUGCCUUAUGGAUUUGGAAGAAUUGUCUUCUGGAGAACAGGAUAAGCGAAAACUUAAAUCCUUUCCCAUCCAUCCUUCCAUACACCAGCUUAUGUUAAGGGAAUUGAAAUUUCCUGCAAGAAAGGCGUUCAUCUCUAAGCACAGCUAGAGGUUUUACCUAAGGUGGAUGUUCCUAUUGCCUAGCUGGGGAAAAAAACACUCUUCCUAUUGGAGAUUCGAGUGGUCUCCAGGAUGCAAUGGAUAGAAGAGCAGAGUCUUCUUUAAUAAAGCUUUUUGUCACUUAAGCUGCCCAAUGCAAGGCUCUCAUUUCAGGUACAUCAGUAGCUAAAGCCCAAAGAUGCUGGAGAAAGGUUAUCUAGGGAAUGUUAAGAAGGAUCCCAUUAAACGUUUGAGAAACAUCAGGAUGGCUGAUGAUUUAAAAAAAAAAAAAAUUUUUUUUUUUUUUCGACUCUUCUUCUGAAACACUUAAGCUUUUGGCCAAAGCGAUGGCACUUACUAAUGUAACCAGACAUGCAGUAUGGUUAAGAAGUUGGUCCACUGACUCUGCUUCUAAGAAUGCAUUGUCUGGCCUUCCCUUUGACCAGGGUAGGUUAUUUGGCUCACUUCUAGAUGACCUACUUAAGAGUAUAGCGGAAGGUAAAAAGGCAUUGUCUGAAGAAAAGAGAAAAUUUUCAGAAAACACUGCUUUUUCCUACAAAAACAAGCAGUCCUAUCGAAAUUCCUUUCAUAGGUUCUCAUUCAUGAGAAAUCAAAGAAGACCUUUCUCUGGUCAAGAAAAAUGAAUUUUUCUGAAAAGAAAGAAUGUAGAUUUUGACGCCAUGCCAGUAGGUGGCAGACUUCUACAUUUCUUUUCAACUUGGCAAAUGACUACUGUGGACACCUGGGUCCUGUUAGUAAUCCAAUUUGGAUACAAGAUAGCAUUUCACAGCUUUCCUUUGUUCCUCAGUUCAGUCCGAAGAAUUUGCUGCAGUGCUUCUUCAAGAAGUUUUGGCUUUGUGCCUGAAAAUCGAGUAGAAAUUCUUCAAAAAGAAGAAGAAUUCAGAGGUUCUUAUUCUCGAAUCUUUUUGAUAAAAAAAAAAAUGUGGCUCAAUCCGUCCAAUUCUAGAUUUAAAAGAUAGUCAACAAAUGUGUGGUUCAGCUAAAGUUUUGCAUGGAAAACAUAAUUUCUGCUUCCCACAUGAUUCAACCAGGCAUAUGGCUAUGUUCCAUCGAUUUACAAGACACUUAUCUGCACAUGCCCAUAUAAAAAAGCAGACAUUUUUAAGGAUUUGCCAUAAAAGAUCAGGUCCAUCUGGGGCAUUUCCAGUUCAGGCCUCUGCCCUUUGGCCUUUCUUCAGCUCCAAGACUCUCUACCAAAAUGUUAGUGGUCAUCACAGCAGAAUUCAAAAAAAGAGGUCUCAACAUAGUCCCAUAUCUGGACAACUGGCUCCUUAUUGCUUCUUCAAAAAUACAACUUCUAAAGGGCUUCUAUCACUCUGCAAGAUCAUGGUUGGAUCAUAAACAAAGAGAAAUUAGAACUGAUUCCCUCCCGUAUCAUCCAGUUUUUGGGUCUCAUUCUAGACUCCAUUCAGAUAAAGAUCUCCUUACCAGGGGUCAAGAUCACCAAACUCAGGGUAACUAUAAUUACCUUACAAGAAAAUAAAUGUUGCACAGUGAGAGAAGCAAUGAGACUUCUGGGCCUCUUCACAGCUGCAAUCCCAGCUGUAAACUGGGCCAAAUCACAUAUAAGGCCAUUGCAAAGGAACAUCCUGUCUUCCUGGAACCGAAAGAUUGCUGCCUUAGACCAGUCCAUGCUCCUAAGUUCCUCGGCUCUCCAGAGUUUCCAUUGGUGGAUGACAUCUCAUUUCAUUUCAGAAGGUCACUCUUUCCAAGUAAAAGAUUUUUGUUCGUAACCGUAGACCCUUCAGGUAUAGGAUGGGGUGCUCAUUUGGUUCAAAAAGUUGCAAAAGGAGUUUGGAAUCUUCAAGAUUCAAGGAAAUCUUCAAAUUUGAAAGAGCUAGAAGCCACUUGGAUGGCUCUCCUCUCUUUCCAAAAUCUUCUGAAAGGGCAUCACACACAGAUAAGGUCAGACAACUCAACAGCAGUAGCCUAUGUGAACAGGCAAGGACGAACACGUUCAAUUCCUCAGGAACACCUAUGCACCGACAUCAUGAAUUGGUCGGAACUCCACCUUUUCUCGAUUUCUGCGGUUCACAUAAAGGGAGUAAAGACUGUUCUGGCAGACUCACUCAGCAGAAACCAUCUGAAACAGGGAGAUUGGUCUCUCUCUCCUCUAAUUUUUCAGGAAGUGGUAAAAAAGAUUUGGAAAUCCUGUAAUAGAUCUAAUGGCCUCAAGAAUGAACAAAAAGACGGAAAGUUUUGCAUCCAUCAGUUCAACAGACUCUCCCGACUUCCUGGAUGCUUUGUCUAUUUAGUGGAAUUUUCCACUGGCAUACAUCUCCCCUCCGGUUAUCCUCAUCCUUCGUAUUCUUCAAAAGGGAUCAUCAGGGACAGAGCAAGGAUUAUUGCAAUUCUCCCCUUCUGGCCUCGAAGAAGUUGGUUUUCCAUCCUGUUGAACCUCUCCAAAAAUGUUUUGUGGAAACUGCCUAUGUCAGAAGACAUUCUGGAACACAAUCUGGUCCCUCUGAAAACCCUUCAGACAUUCUAACUAACCGCCUGGUAUCUGAACAUCAGAUCCUGAGUUCAAGAGGACAGAGUCCUGAAGUAAUCUAUAUCCUAUUGGCUGCUAAGAAGUAUUCCACUCCAGUGGUUUACACCAGAAUAUGGAAAGAAAUUCUGCUCCUGGUGUCUUGAUAGGAGUGUUGAUUCUCUUUCUGCCCCAGUUGCUCAGAUUUUGAAGUUCCUUCAACUAGGGUUUGCUAAAGGCCUCUGUCCGGCUACUCUUAAAGUCUAAAUAUCUGCAUUUAGUUGUUUUUUUUUAGUAUUGCAGACUUGGCUUCAGAUGCUCUAAUCUCCAGGUUCUCUUGAACUGGUUCCUCCUUGGGAUUUAAACAUGAUCUUGUCUGCUUUGUGUGAACUUCCUUUUGAACCCUUGGAUUCCGUCACUCUGAAGAUUCUAACUUUAAAAUAUCUGUUCUUGGUUGCCAUAACAUCUGCAAAAUGUCUAAGGGAACUUCAAGCCUUGGCCUCUUCUCCACUUUUCCUGGUUUUUCAUCUAUGAAUCAAGAAAUUGUUUUCUCCAUGUUUUGUCCGAACCCACUUAAUCCGACGUAAAUUCCAUUACCUGGAUGUUAAACGCUGCUUACAGGUCUACUUGGAGAAAUUUAAUCCAUUUUGUAAAUCUGACAGGUUGUUCAUCCUGUUACAGGGGAAAAACAGGGGUCUUAUGGCCUCAAAAGCUCAGUUGGCAAGAUGGAUUAAAGACUCUAUUGUUCUAGCAUACAUUUCGUCCAAGUUAUCUCCUCCUGUGAAAUUGCGAGCUCAUUCUACGAGAGCUGUAGCUUCUUCAUGGGCUUUAAGAGCUUCGGCAUCACAGAUUUGCAAUGCAGCAACUUGGUCGUCUCUUCAUACCUUCUCCAGACAUUAUCGAUUAGACGUACAGGCCUCUGAGGAUUCUGUUUUUGGGCGUAAGGUUUUACAAGCUGCGGUGAAGUGAUAUUUUACCCUCCCUUAAGGGAUUGAUGGGUUAUCCCAGUUGUAGAGCACUGCCUCUAAACUAUCAGGAAAAGUUCAAAUUUUACUUACCGUAAAUGUAUUUUUACUUAAGAUUAGAAGCAGUGCACAUAUUUCCCACCCUAUUUAUUCAAUAUUUUUUUUUUUUUUGCAGUUAUAUGGCUUGUUUGUAUUUUCUGUGGUUGCUCUGCUUAACAGGGUUCUUGUACCUAUGGGAGGAGGAGUCAGGGAGGAGUUCUACGACUGUUUGGGGAAAAAAAGUUUUUUUGUUUUUUUUUUGUUUUUUUUUGUUUUUUUUAAGGUCACCUGUCUGCCUUUCUGAUCCAGAUUAGAGGAAAUCCCAGUUGUUGUGCACUGCCUCUAAUCUUAAGGAAAAGCUAAUUUACGGUAAGAAAAAUGUGAACUUUCCAUUGGAUGUAUAUCUGAAGACAGCUGGAAGAAGCUUUAGAACUAUUGUCUUCUGCCUUCUGCCUUUGCAAGCACUCCCCUUCUAACCCCGCCCAGACUUUCCGUGUCUGUCCAAUCACAGACUUCCCAGUGCAGCUUAUUUAGUAGUCUUUGCGAAGCAGGUGCUUUAUGCAGUUUCCUGCCUCUGAGUUUAGCUCCACUGAGCUAACAAAACCAGGAAGUAACAGGACUGUUGUCUGACAGCCAAGGUGGUGUAACAAGGUUAAAAAACGUCCGCUUUAUAUUGAAAUCUGCAAGCAAAGGUGCUUUUAGGGGUCUUGAAGUAUCCCUUUGAAAAGCAUCUAGAGCUCUUGAGUCAGUGGCCCUAAGGUCUACAUAAGAAGGUUUCCUAUGCUUGACAAUACUGUGCUGUGAUCGGGUUACAUCUCAGACAUAAUCUGAUCACUCUGAAUUAGAUUUUGCAUGCUUCACAGAGUGGCUCCUGGAGAAGGUCUAAGUGGAUACAUGGUUCCAUGCUUCCGCAACAGAUCUGAUCUGCAAUAUCGCACUCCCUAUCUUCCUUGCUAGUGUGGUAUCCCAGCCCUAAUAGCUUGUCAUAUCCUGUAGGUAAUCUUGGUAAUUGAAUUGGAUGAAUAUGGCAAGUAACUGCUGUUUCCUUCUCCAGAUGUAUCUAACCUCCUGAGUUUCCUGCGACCAAUACACGAAGGGACUUUGGUGCUAAUAGCCUCUUAUGAUGAUCCAGCCACAAAGUAAGUGGAAUUCCAAAUGGUCUCGCGUUCGCUAGGGAGUUAUAAGAUCAGAGUGAUUAUCUUUCCAUUUUGACAUUGAUAUACUGACAAAGUGCCAAUUAUGGCAUCACUAAAAUGCCAGAUAGGAAGAAUGUAAGCAAUUAACAGCAUCUACAACAAUUGAAGGUAUCAUUUAUCUAUAUGAUAAAUUAUAUAUUCUUUGCUUUUGGAGCUGGUAACCAUUUUAGGUGAAUCUGUCAUAGCUGAUGCUCUAAGCGAAUAAGCAUAUUCCUGCAUGGUCCUGGUUUGUUCUGUAGAGCAAUUCAGAUCAUUUUGCUAGUGCAAGCCCAUGGUACCAUACCAUAGUGGUUAUGGUACUUAAAGUGUUCCUUUAAAGCAAAACUUAGAAAGGGUGUUUGGAAUACAAAAUUGUAUGCUUACACUAUAGUGCCCCCCUCACAGUGCAGAAAUGGUUAAAAACACUUCUGUCACUUACCUGAAUCCAGCCGGAAUAUGACGUCAUAUUCCGGCUCCGGCAUCAGUACGCGGCGCGUGAGUGUGUGUGUCUGCUAGUGAGUGUCAGUGAGUGUGUUACUGUGUGUGUCUGUUACUGAGUGUGUUAGUUUGUGUGUGUCUGUUAGUGAGUGUGUUUGUCAGUGAAAGUGUAUGUUUUGUAAGUGAGUGUGUAUGUGUGUAUGUAUGUCGCUGAGUGUGUCUCUGUUAGUAAAUGUGUGUGUCUGUUAGCUAGUGUGUAUGCAUCUGUUCGUGAGCGUGUGUGUGUGUCUUCAGCACUCACCUUUCUCCAGCGCCGGACUCCUUUGGCGCUGGGGAUCCCUCCGCCUCUCAGCUCCGCAUGUGCAUUCAAACCGCCCAUAGGAAAGCAUUACUCAAUGCUUUCCUAUGGACGUUCUGUGUCUUCUCACAGUGAGAGGGUUAAAACUAGAGGGACCUGGCACCCAGACCAUUUCAUUGAGCUGAUGUGAUCUGGGUGUCUGUAGUGGUCCUUUAAGUGUGUGUGCAUCUACAUGCACUGGCGUACAUACCGCGGCCGCAGGGGUCGCAUCCCUGCGACCAGGUGCCCGCCACCAUGUGUUCCGGCCCGCGCAGAGUAAGCGUGGGGGGGGGGAGGCACGGAUCAACCUUUGCACCGGGGCCCCAUGGGUCAUGUGUACGCCACUGCCUUCCCGCUUCAGUUUUUCAAAUAAAAUUGCACAGUAAAAAUCAGUCUGUUUUCAUUUCGGGGCCAUUUUAGCAAAUUAUACAUUUACAUUUCUCCACAAAUGCAUACCAUAUUGACUCCAUGGGGAGUCUGAUAUUAUACAUUUUAGCUUUAAUGGGGUGCUAUUUGUUUACCAUUUUAUUUCAAGAUUUGUGGUAAUAAUUUGUAUAUUUUUUAAUUUUAUUUUUUUUAAUCAUGUAUUUUUGCUGCAUCCGUUUUUAAUUUAAUUUAUUUUGUCAAUCCACAAGUGAGACAUGCAUAACAUAAAGCAGUCAGUAGUACAGUACAAUGCCAGUGUAGCAUAACAUACAUAACUGUCUUAGUAACAACAGGAUUGCGGGAUUUUUUUUUUAAUUUUUUUUUAUAACCUGGAAGAAACAAUAGCAAUUUUUCAUAGUAAAACUAAGCCCGCUACACCUAAUGCGUUAGCUAGUAGCAUGGUCAGUUGCUGUUUAAGGGUAGAGAGGGCUGCAUGCCUCUUGACGCCCUCUACAGGACAGGUGUAAAAAACAAGAGGCAGAUACCCACUAUGUUAAUGUCAGACAAGCUGCUUGAAGCGAAAGGUAGUGGGCUUGGAGGAUGAGAGAGAGGGGUACCUACACCUCUAUACCAACAGGAGGAGAAUGGACUGGACGGGUCUCAUAGGACUAUAAUCCUUUGUCAAAAUAUGCAGUGGGAAAUAAUAAAAAGACAAAACGGGUGGAACGCAUGUUAUAACAAAAAGAAACUAAUGAAUAGCUAAGUGCUAAUACAAGCUGGCCUAUAACAUUCAGGCAAGUCCUGUGGUUGCGGAGUUUCUCCGUUGGAUAGCUGGAACAAACGGACAAACUGCCGCCAGGUCCCAUGUAGUCUUCUGCGUUGGGAGUGCCAGUGCCUGUUGGCCCGUCUCUGUUGGUGAGAGCCCGAGUUGUUAGAGAAUGCUGGCCACUUCAGAGGCCUCGGCCACUUUUGAGAGUCCCAGCUUCUUGGUGCUCCCCUUUAGUAAGGCAUUUUAUGUGUUUUUUUUUAACACCAAGGUCAAGGGUUGCAAGGACCAUCGCCAGUCCAUCGUGGCUCGGGAGAUCAGGGUAGAACAACAGUGAAUAUUCCUCACAUCGGUACGGAGAGGUCUUGCAGACCGCAGACAUGAAGGCUUGUUUGUCCGGUCGGUGCUGGAAACGGAUGAUCACAUCCCUGCCCGUUUAAGAGGAGGCAGUCUGAGGUUGAGGUAGUCCGUAGCAACCAUCUAGGGUCAUAGCUUUUAGCUUGUUUGGGAGAAAAUAUGCAGGAGAGCAGUCUCUGAAUGAAGUGGGGAAUUGCCGCCAAAGCUACACUCUCAGCCAGACCUUUUAUCUUCAUGUUUUUCCAACGUCUGCGGUCCUCCAUGGCUGCUACUUGUCGCUGGGUUUGGGCCAGGUCAUGUUUGAGCGUGGUCACUUCAUGCUCUAGAUCAGUAAUUCGGACCUCUUGUUCAGCAGUGUUAAUUUCAGCGUCAUGCAGGAACCACAGAUGCCCCAUUAAUUUCUUCUUUAAAUAAGUUGAUAUCUCCCGCAAUGUUACAGCGGAGAUCCUCCAGUAAGGCCUUCAGUUUCUCUUUAGUCACUGGAGGACUACCCUGCCCUGGAAGCCUGUCCAUUCUCCAUGUGUCCGCCAAUAUCUCUGGACUCCGCAAGUCUGAUAUUGACUCUUCGCUGGACGUCCAGGAAGGCGCAUCCGAGAGGGGCGCCAUGACAAGCCUCAUGGGAUUCUGCGACCUCCACAACAGAUUGCCGAUAUCAGCAGUGGACAGGGGUAUAUCCGCCCGGUACUUCUUACUUUUGCGCCCCAUAGCUGCAAGAAGGCAAGAUGCUUACUUUGGAGGCUGGUGCGGUAGGUAUUACUGUGGUUUUUUUUUUGGUUUUGUUUUUUGUUUUUUAACACUCAUGGAGCUCUGCAAAAUCGUGUCCAGUCUGUGCAGAUGUUGGCUACGCCACCGCUGCAUACCUUUUUACAUCUCGUGUGCUACUGUAGUAAAAUUCCGUAAACGGUACUUGGCUACACCUCCUGAAUACUACAAUACUCCCUACAUAUCGUUGGGUAAUUUUAUGCAAAGUUACAGUGCCAAUUGCAGAUUUUUUUUAUCAAAUUAGAAAAGUGAAGAUUCCUUUUUGUAGCCAACUCUAAUGCUAACCCAUAUUGUGACACUAACCCUUGUAACCCUAAACUGUACCCCUGUACCCCUAAACAUGAAUGUUAACUAAUCCUUAUCACUAAUAAACCCUAAACACCAACGCUAUCCAUGACCAUAAAGUUAGUGUUGUUGAGAUUCACUUUAUGAGCACAGUGCACUCACAACAUGAGAGAGAGAUUAUUUCCUUCUCCGCACCUAAAUCCUUUCAUGACUAUCACAAUAUGAUUUUAAAGGGACACUGUAGGCACCCAGACCACUUCAGUUCAUUGAAGUGAUCUGGGUGCAAACUCCCAUCACCCAGAGGAUAUAAUUAUUGCAGUUUUUAUAAACUGCAAUAAUUAUCUGCUAGGGUUAGCUCCACCUCAGGUACUGAAUGAUACAGAAACAAUCCCUGCUAGUAAAAAUCUGCAUGAUGGAAUUAUUUCAUCCUGGGUCCUUAAAGGUAGGACAACCGUGGAAUAAUUCCAUCUUACAUCCUUGGUAGCUUAAAAUAGACUUUCACUCCACAGGAUUUUAAAAUUAUUUUUUUACUGAUCCCCUAUGUUUAACAAAUAUGUUGUUUUUUUUUUUCUUAAAAAAAAAUAAAAAUUUUAUGUCGAAAUCCACAUCAGUGUAUUUAUCUUUGUCAUGGAACGGAGUGUCUCCAUAUUAGCUCCCCGUCCAUCCGUGUUCUAAAUUCUAAAGUGUUUUAUGCAAUGAUAUCAAUUCCACAGGUGACAUUUUCAAACGUGUUGAGAAACCUUGCCUUUUGUUUAUUAACUUCUUCCUUUGACAGCCUCAACUAAAACAUGGAUAUAGUGUGAUUUAAAUUUUGUUCUUGGCUUUUGCAUUUGUUUGUCUAAGGAUGAACGAAGAUGCCAGGAAAAUGUUAGCAGAGCUCGGUAGCGCUUCAAUUAAAGAUGUGGGAUUCAGAGACAGUUGGGUCUUCGUGGGAGCAAAAGGCAUACAGGAUAAAAGUCCAUUUGAACAGGUAGGAAGUUCUAUCCUCUGUUUCCUUUUUCAGUUUAGAUCAGGAAACGAGUAGCAAGAUCAGAUACUCCAUCUAUAAAUAACUGCGUCAAUCAAAAUAAUUCAAUUGACCUAUUGCCAAAGUGAAAGAUUUGCAUAAAUUGAAUAUUCAAAAUUGUACUGACACUUCCUGUCGGCACCACUCUUGUGUAAUAUGAUUCUUGGUUGAAGCCAACAGUGAUAUUUCAAAAUGGUGGGUUAUGAGGAAAAAGGAUGGCCAAGCAACCGGAAGCUACUUUACAAUGUAACGGAGUCUACACACAGACACUGCUCACUUACCGACCGGGUUCCGUUCUUACGACCCAAUCGUAAAACGAAUUGGUCGGUAAGUGAAGAUGCGCUAUCAAGCAUAGACCAAUUCACUAGUGCAGGGAAAACUUCCCCGAAUAUAGACCAGCUCUCUAAAGUGAGGAAUCCCUUGAAUCUCCACGUUAGAAAGCUGGUCGUAAGUGCGAGCCGUCGUAAAGUGAGGACCACCUGUAAAGCAUAGCCAUAAGCUAAAAUAGUCCGUCCUUUACCUUUUAAAGGUACACUCCAAGCACCCAGACCACUUCUGCCCAUUGGAGUGGUCUGGGUGCCAACUCCCACUACCCUUAACCCUGCAAGUGUAAUUGUUGCAGUUUUUUAUAAACUGCAAUAAUUACCUUGCAGGGUUAACUCCACCUCUAGUGUCUGUCUACUAGACAGCCACUAGAGGGCACUUCCUGGUCCAUAGCACAGAAAACCUGUGCUAGAGCAUCGCUGGACGUCCUCACGUUGUGUGAGGACCUCCAGCGUUGCUCAAUUUCCAAUAAGAAUGCGCAUUAGGUCUCCGUGGCUGGCGGGCGGAAUCAGUCUUGCCCACCGGCCGACGUAAUGAAGAGGAGGAGGAGCGGCGGCGACUCGAAACCACCGCAGAGGGACAUCGACGGGGGUCUCAGGUAAGUGACUGAAGGGGUUUUCACCCCUUCAGCAACCUGGGAUUGGGAGGUGGGAGGGAGAGGGGACCUGCAGUGCCAGGAAAACGGAUUGUUUUCCUGGCACUGGAGAGUCUCUUUAAAGAUUACUCUAAAGUGGGACACAUUUUGACAAGAGAGAAAUCAAUCUUUAAUUUUAAUUUUAUUUUUUUCAGCUAAUCAAGAACAAUAAAAACAGCAAUAAGUAUGAAGGUUGGCCAGAGGCUGUAGAGUUGGAGGGCUGUAUUCCCCAGCGCACUUUGGAUGCCGACUGACAAACGACCGAGGAAGAAAUGCAUCUACAUCAGAGAUCACCCUAGAUAGAUAUAGCCUAUAUUGGACUUGCUGUCGUGGGUGUGUUGGUGUGUGUGGGUCGUUUUCUGCACCUUUUCGACUCUUGACAUGUAUCGUCCGAAUACAGACCUGUGAUCUCUUUCAACAUUCCCGAAGACUAUUGCCUUUUUCUCUCCCGUCUGUUGGACACUUGUGGUCAUAUACCAAUGAGGAUAACAUUUGAGAUAUGUUAUCUUCUAAAUCAAACACUGACUCCUCUUGGCUUCUCGCUGGACUCCUAAGGAUGCGGAAUCCAAAUUUAAAAAAACUUUACUGACAAAUUCACGACUAUAAUAUUUAAGCUGUAACCCACCCACUAACAAGCAAUGGGACAUUGAGUAUUGUUCUCUGUUUGCAGAUCCACAUCGGAGACCAAGCUUAAUCUUUCUUCAACUUCAUAAGGAACAUCAAAAUAUAUAUAUAUAUAUAUUUUUUCAGUGAAUCAUUUUCUUUAUCACAUUCAGAGAGCUCCGACAAACUUAAUUCCCCGUUUUUGUUUUUAACAAAAGGCAUUGCAUAUAGAGAUCAAUUUCUCUCUGUUAGGAAAAAAAAAAUUAUAUUGAGGUUAAAUUCUUAAUUUUGUGGAUUUUCUUCUUUCUUUUUUUUUUUUUCUUUUUUUUUUUUUAUAUAUCUCACCAAAGAACUUGUUAAAAUGGACAGAGAAAAUAUACACAUGCUUAUAUUUAUUGUAGAGUGCAUUAUUACAUUCGUGAUGAGGUCAAGCAGUGUUUGUGUGACUCAUGGGAGCGGAGCAGUGCUUGUGUGCUGCUGCAAAUGAUCUGACCAAAAGAGAAAGGGGUGUGUGCAUUAAUUAUAAGCAAGAAUGGUUCGUGUACGAAAACUGGUUAUUGAAAAAGCUGAAGGUACUUUCCCAAUCAUGAAUUUUUAAGAAGGUUAAAACAAUGUCAAUUGUACUGUCCAAUAAAUAAUUUAAUUGACAACGAAUUAUUUAACUUUUAAUGUCUUUACAAAAUAAAAUUUAUCUUUUGAAAUUUUUCUUCUGGAUU